GCCGGGCUCCCCCCUCCACCCCCCGGCGCCUCCCGCGGGCGGCACGGCCCGUGUUCCCGGGGCUGUAUCGGUCCCGUUCCCAAAUGUGCCCCUGUUUUCCUCUGGGACUGUGACGGAGGCCGAGAAUUGAGCCCCGAGGGAUGAGACAUUUGUUUGUGUUUAGUGCUGGAAUAGCAAGKUAAAGGGUGUGGCUGCUACAGCAGCUGGUAACAGCAUGAGCAUUUAAUUUGUAUCUGCAACUUAAGAAGAAUCCUACGUAUCUUAUUUCUUGUCACAUCUGUGCCACUGAAGCCAUCGCUGCCUUGUCCUUGCUUCUURUUAUGUUGGCUGAAGGAAUCAGUCAUGGCUGAUGACUCCCAGAGAAACUUUCGCUCAGURUAUUAUGAAAAAGUGGGGUUUCGUGGAGUUGAAGAAAAGAAGUCGCUGGAAAUUCUGUUAAAAGAUGACCGUUUGGAUAUUGAGAAGCUUUGCACAUUUAGUCAAAGGUUUCCUCUUCCAUCCAUGUAUCGGAUACUGGUGUGGAAAGUGCUUYUAGGAAUUAUUCCUCCUCACCAUGAAUCUCAUACUUUAGUGAUGAAGUACCGGAAGGAGCAAUACUGGGAUAUUCACCAUGCUCUUCGUGUGAUUCGWUUUAUUAAUGAUUCUACCCCACAGGUUGAUGUUUUUCUCCGAAUACAUCAAUUGGAAUCAGGAAAAUUGCCUCGAAAUGUAGCUUUUCCACUGGAACCUGAAGAUGAGGUGUUUCUUGCUAUUGCUAAAGCAAUGGAGGAAAUGGUGGAGGAUCCUAUAGAAUGCUAUUGGCUUGUCAGUUGCUUUGUAAAUCAGCUGAACAGCAAGCACAAAGAUUCAUUACAACAACUGCCAAAAAUUCUGGAGCAGUAUUUGAACAUUGAGGAUAACAGACUACUGAUGCAUCUGAAGGCRUGCGCUGCAAUGAGCAAACUCCCUUACGAUCUUUGGUUUAAAAAGUGUUUUGCAGGAUGUUUACCUGAGUCCAGUUUGCAGAGAGUUUGGGACAAAGUUAUUAGUGGAUCCUGCAAGAUUCUUGUUUUUGUUGCUGUGGAGAUAUUAUUAACCUUUAAAAUGAAGAUAAUAGCACUGAAUACUGCAGAAAAGAUUACACAGUUUUUGGAAAAUAUUCCUCAGGACAACACUGAUGCCAUUGUCAGCAAAGCUGUGGAUCUGUGGCGCAUGCACUGYGGGACUCCAACACACUCAGUCUGAGAACUCUCUUGGCUUGUGACAGCUUGGGGAAAAAAAAAGACUUUUGAAAAGACAUUUUACCACCCUUCCCCCAACCUAGUGUGAUGUUCUUCAUUAACCCUUUGUGUAAAGAUGCUAUUAAAGCAUGGUGACCAAUAUGUAAAUAUUUUUGUAUAAAUACAGAUGGAAUGAAGAUACUUAAUGGUGGUUUGAUGAUGUCUGAAGCGUUAGUUUAUUAUCCAGCUACAGUAUUUUGAUUGCACGGUGUGCUCUCUUGCUUUUGCAGAAGUAAACCUAACUUUUGAAGCAAGGUAAAAAGAUUUACUUGCAAUUUGAAAAUGUUUCAGUGUGCCAGCUUAUACUUGAUUUAACUAGUUACUACUUGGGAGGUGUUUGUAAGGUGAAUUUACUGAAUGUCAGCCUGCUGGAUGGUGAACAAGCAUGCUUUUGCUAGAAAUGUAAUUGUAUUCUUCUAACACUAAAUUUUCAGGUAAAUGAAGUUUCCCAAAUCUGAGGUACAGGACAUCACAUGACCAGGGGUGACAUCCUUUUCUGAAGUGUUUUAAAAUACUUUCUUUUUAUCUGUCAGACAGCUCUCUGUGCCUGUAUCACCUUUGUUCUUCAUGGAAGAUACUCUAGAGAAGUGGAUCUGUGCAGGUGUGGAGAAAAUCAGUGGGAUGAGCUAAUAUAAUUCAGAAUUACAGGCCAGUAAUAACUAGUGCUUCUCUUGAGUGCUUGGCUCGAAGCUGUUGUAAUUUGAUUCUUGUUUGGUGUAGAUUUCAAAAUAAAUUCAAUACAGAAAUGUAAUUCAUGAUGUAAGUAAAAGUAGAGUGGUUAGCCAUAAAUAGAGAUUUACUGGGAAACUGAUCUUUUUCUUAUAAAAGUGUAAAAUUCUAUUUAURCCUCUGCAUAGACCAGGGAAUUGUACAUAAAAUCAUGUUGCUUUGCUGUUAUUUGACUCAAAUUGGUGCUCAGUGUGCUGAGUGCCGAGGAUGUUCAUUGCACUUGAGAGAAUGUGUUUAGCUUGCACUUGGYGUCGUGCAGACUUGUAAUGCUUUAGAAACUUUUGUUUUAAACUAGUUUUGUUUAAACUUGAAAGUUUUGUUUAAACUUCCAGCACAUUAACUGGGGAAGCUUGGGACUCUGCUGGGGUUACCCUCACAAUCUUGGGGAGAUGAUCUCUGCUGGAUGCUGAGGCCUUGGUGUUGGUGUUGCUGGAAUGCCUGGGUUCAGCCAGUUCAGGAAAAGCGUGUUUGUGUCUGCUUGGAAUCCAUUGCUGUGCCUGCAUUGGAGUGUAACCCAUUGAGUUCACCUUGGAUGUGCGCUUUCCUAGUGCAGAUACGGGAGCUGGGUAAGGUGGACAGGAAAGACACAGAUCUGUUAACAACAGCCCUGCAUUCUGUAACAUGCAGUGCACAGGUUUCCCAAAUARUGGGCACAAGUGCAGUCUGAGGGAUUGCCUAUGUGAAGGUUUUCCCCCCAGGCURCUCAGCCAAUUCCCUUAACCCCAAAGGAGCAGGUGCAUUACCGCAGCCUUUACAGGGCGGAUUACUUGGUCAUUUAAAAACAAGCAGCAAUGACACUGAAAGKGUUCAGCCGUUUCAGUCCUGAAAGGGAAUCAAUAACUCAUAUUCUGUGAAGAGAGGUGCAAUGAAUUAGGAUUAGAAAUGCCAGUCCAUGUUACUGCUUCCAGGCUUGCCAGUGAGUGUUCCUCCAAUUACUGUUUGACUGAAAGCUCUGAA